UGCGCAGGAACACAAACCGGCGGUCGGGCGGCAGAAUACGGAACAGCAACAGCAACCGGCGGUUAGCGACCAGCAGACAGACUCGUGUGCUUUAGCAGACAGUAAUGUGAGCCAUUAGUCUCCUCAUUUUGGAAUUCAGAGAUGACUGCGUUUGUUCAGAACUGCGCCACUAGCUGAGACUGUCCUGACUGUAAGUAAACUAACCAGAGACACCGCACGUCCGUCCCCUCCCUCGGCCGGCCGCGUUCAGCUCCUCACCUCCAGUAUAUCGGGUAUCUUAAUGGCGGACCCGUCAGAAGCAGCGCCGGGCGCCGCGGAGGAGCAGAAGACAGAGCGGGUCAACGACGCAGAGCUGGCGCUGAAAGGAAUCAAUAUGCUGCUCAACAAUGGCUUCAAGGAGAGCGACGAGCUCUUCAGGACAUACAGAAAUCACAGUCCUUUAAUGAGUUUCGGGGCCAGUUUUGUGAGUUUUCUGAAUGCAAUGAUGACCUUUGAAGAGGAGAAAAUGCAGAUGGCAUUCGAGGACCUAAAGGCUACAGAGAGGCUGUGCGAGAGCGAAAACACUGGUGUCAUUGAAACCAUUAAAAACAAGAUCAAGCGGAGUAUGGACUCUCAGAGGUCGGGGGUGGCUGCAGUGGACCGACUCCAGAGGCAGAUCAUCAUUGCAGACUGCCAGGUUUAUCUUGCAGUUCUGUCUUUCAUCAAACAAGAGCUGUCAUCAUACAUCAAAGGAGGCUGGAUCCUCCGUAAAGCCUGGAAGAUGUACAACAAAUGUUACAGCGAUAUCACACAACUACAAGAAGGCAGCAGAAGAAGGGCCUCUGAACAGCAAGCGAUGCCAUCUCCAUCUCUGUCCUCCACCUCUGACCACAGUCGCUCCUCCUCACCUGGGCCAAGUCCAUCCCAGAGGUCGGACGGCAUCAGUCCUGAGGCUCUUGAUCGGCUAAAAGGAUCCGUCAGCUUUGGCUACGGCCUCUUCCACCUCUGCAUCUCAAUGGUGCCGCCGCACCUACUGAAGAUUGUCAACCUGCUGGGCUUCCCUGGAGACCGUCACCAAGGCCUGUCGGCACUCACAUAUGCCAGUGAAAGUAAGGACAUGAAGGCCCCUUUAGCUACCUUGGCCCUCUUGUGGUACCACACAGUAGUGCAGCCGUUCUUUGCUCUGGAUGGCACAGACACACAGGCAGGCCUAAUCGAAGCCAAAUCAAUUCUUCACCAAAGGGAGUCUAUCUAUCCAAACUCCUCUCUCUUCAUGUUUUUCAAAGGCAGAGUGCAACGCCUUGAGUGCCAGAUCAGUAGUGCCUUGACGUCCUUCAGCGAUGCCUUAGAUCUGGCUUCUGACCAGAGGGAGAUUCAGCACGUGUGUUUAUAUGAAAUAGGUUGGUGCAGCAUGAUCGAACUGAACUACGGAGAAGCCUACAGAGCGUUUGAGCGUCUGAAGACUGAAUCUCGCUGGUCCCAGUGCUAUUACGCCUAUUUAACUGGAGCGUGCCAAGGAGCCACAGGUGAUUUGGAGGGAGCUAUUGUUGCUUUCAAAGAUGUUCAAAGACUUUUCAAGCGCAAGAAUAAUCAGAUAGAGCUGUUUUCCACAAAGAAGGCUGAGAAGCUGAGGAGCCCCAGUCUAUCCAAAGAACUCUGCAUCCUCUCGGUGAUCGAGAUUCUUUAUCUGUGGAAAGCUCUGCCCAACUGCUCUACUGCCAAGCUGAAGACAAUGACACAAGUGUUGCAGGGAGUUGAUGAUGCUUCAUGUGAAGGUCUGAAAAACCUGCUUCUUGGUGCCAUAAACAAAUGCCUCCAUAAUACCAAAGAUGCCAUCCAGUAUUUCCAUCUGGCUGCGAAGGAUGAGGUGGGUCGUCUGAGCAACUCUUAUGUGCAGCCCUACUCCUGCUAUGAACUGGGCUGUGUGCUGCUGAACUCUCCAGAGUCUGCAGGGAAGGGUCGGAUGCUAAUGCUUCAGGCCAAGGAGGACUAUGCCGGCUAUGACUUUGAGAACAGACUCCAUGUUCGUAUUCAUUCAGCUCUCACCCCUCCGAGAGCUGCAGUCCAGCCAUGAAGUUUAAUCUACACCUCAGAAACCGCUGGAAGAAAUGUCUUUGAAAAACGCACAAGACACAUGGAUUUUACACUGUUUAGUUUCAAUUAAUUUGUAUUCAUUUUCAGAUUUUGAGCCAAUGCAUUAUUUAUAUAUGAACAGAAAUGUUUCAUGGAAACAUGGUAGGAGGUUUUACUGAUGCGUUACUGUGCUGCACAAUAUAAAUUUGGUCUUUGUUGUUUCCAUGGUUUGUUUUAAACCUCAACAUUUUAAAUCAGAUGAAAAUCUAUAAAUUUAUUUUGAAAGGUAUUGGCCAUAUUGCUUCCACUGAGGGACACAAUUUCCUCAGAUUUGACUACAAGUCAGGCCAAGUUAAGUAAUGGCACAUAAAGUAUGACAGUCAAAGCAAUUAACUUAAUAACUCUGAAUAUGUCUUUGAGAGGCAGAUAUUUUUACCACCUCGCUGCUGGUUGUUGACUUUGACAUUUGCUAUAAAGAUUUUGCUAUUCAUAGGCAUGGGUAUUUAACAGUGAUUUUUUUUUCUUUUUUCUUUUUUAGCACAACCCUUUUUACCCUUGUUUUUAUCUUGCAUACAGGUUUUAAUAAAUACACAUACAUUGGUCCACUUCUGAGUGGCCUAAAUGCACAGUGCUACUUUUUGCUGUAAGCUGGUUCUACUUUAUAUUUGUUAUAAGAUAAUAAAAAGAAUAUAGUAAAGAAGGAAUCCU